AUGGUAAAUAUUCGACCAGAUGAGAUUAGUAAUAUUAUACGUCAACAAAUUGAUAAAUAUGAUGAAGAAGUACAAGUAGCGAAUAUAGGGACCGUUUUACAAGUAGGUGAUGGUAUAGCCCGUGUAUACGGAUUAGACGAUGUAAUGGCAGGUGAAUUACUAGAGUUUGAAGAUCAAACAAUAGGUAUUGCAUUAAAUUUAGAAAGUGAUAAUGUUGGUGUUGUUUUAAUGGGAGAUGGUAGAAAUAUAUUAGAAGGUAGUUCUGUAAAAGCGACUGGUAAAAUAGCUCAAAUACCUGUAGGUGAAGGAUAUUUAGGUAGAGUAGUUGACCCAUUAGCAAGACCUAUUGAUGCUAAAGGUUUACCUGAUUCUUCAAAUACUCGAUUAAUAGAAUCAUCUGCACCUGGAAUCAUUGGUCGUCAAUCAGUCUGUGAACCGUUACAAACAGGGAUUACUGCUAUAGACUCUAUGAUACCAAUUGGAAGAGGUCAAAGAGAACUUAUUAUUGGUGAUAGACAAACAGGUAAAACAGCUGUUGCUCUAGAUACAAUUAUUAAUCAGAAAGGAGAAGAUGUAAUUUGUGUUUAUGUUGCAAUUGGACAAAAAGCUUCAUCUGUAGCUCAAGUUGUUUCUUCUCUUGAAGAAAAAGGAGCUUUAGAUUAUACAAUUAUUGUUGCAGCAAAUGCUGAUGAUCCUGCAACAUUACAAUAUAUUGCACCUUAUACUGGUGCUGCUUUAGCAGAGUAUUUUAUGUAUAAAGGUAAAGCAACGCUAGUAAUUUAUGAUGAUUUAACAAAGCAAGCUCAAGCAUAUCGUCAAAUGUCGCUUUUACUACGUCGUCCACCAGGAAGAGAAGCAUAUCCAGGAGACGUAUUUUAUCUUCAUUCAAGAUUGUUAGAAAGAGCAGCUAAACUUAAUACAAAUCUUGGAGGUGGUAGUAUGACUGCUCUUCCAAUUAUAGAAACACAAGCAGGAGACGUAUCUGCUUAUAUACCUACAAAUGUGAUUUCAAUUACGGAUGGACAGAUCUUUUUAUCUGGUGAUUUAUUUAAUUCUGGAAUCAGGCCAGCUAUAAAUGUUGGUAUUUCUGUUUCUAGAGUAGGAUCAGCAGCUCAAAUUAAAGCAAUGAAGCAAGUGGCUGGUAAAUUAAAAUUGGAAUUAGCACAAUUCGCUGAAUUAGAAGCAUUUUCUCAAUUUGCUUCUGAUUUAGAUAAAACAACACAAAAUCAGCUAGAACGUGGGCAAAGACUAAGAGAAAUUUUAAAACAAGCACAGAAUUCACCAAUUCCUGUAGAAGAACAAACGGCUGUGAUUUAUACAGGUAUAAAUGGUUACUUAGAUGAUAUAGAUUUAUCACAAGUAAAAGAGUUUGUUACUGCAUUAAGAGAAGAUUUACGGAAUUCAAAACCAGAAUUUGGAGAAAGUAUACGCAGCACUAAAAAAUUGAGUGCUGAAUCAGAAGAAAUACUAAAAAAAUCUAUUGAAGAUGUUAAACAAGCGUUUUCAGUUUAA